UCUACAAGGACAAGUCAAAGACGAGACAAUACCGACAUUGUUGAGUUAAUUGUGAAUACAUUUGGCAUUAGCCUAAAUAUUUCCUAUAAAGUCAAUGAUAAACUGUGACUGCUACUUAGUAAACGAAGACGCCUUUUAAGAGGUAGCUAUCCUAAUUUAAGUGAGGUCAGGCAAGAGAAUGAAUAGAAAUAGCGAAAACUGUAUCGCAAAGUCCUGCUAAAUUUAGAUGGGCGGGCACAGUGUAGCGCGCCGCUCCGCUCGACGCGCGCGACCUCGACGACCGCACGGAGUUAACAAUACAUGCUUCGAACGUACAAGAUCCUUUCAUAACAAAAAUAAUUGAAAAAUGGAGUUUUAGUAAAGCUGUGAUGGUAGCUGACUCGCUGCCUUCUCGUGGUGUACACGGGUAACAUGUGCUAGUUUUGGAUUGCAACCCUUGCAGUUACUCACCGUUACGACAGUCUGGGUAAUGAACGGCGACGUGGAGGUAGAGGCGCCGCGCCCUCGCCCACUGUCUGCAGGGAUUUGGACGCUCUUUUCGUGGUUGCGACGCACUGACCGCUCCUCGUCAAGCGAGAGCGUGUCCAGUGUGGGGUCGGACCGCAGCGUCGCCAGCUUCGACUUCCUAGCGCCUCUCAACUACAACCACGGCAACACACCGCUUGUGCUCCCGCCGAAUCCUUUGACGGAGACUUACAAAAAGAGAUUACAGGAGAGAAGCUUACAAAGACAACACGACCGUGACCUCACCUUGCGCCGAAAAUACGGAUUGUUCCGAGAAGAGGGAUUAGGAUACGACGCUUUCAGUCUGCCGUCAGCGCGUAGACUGCAGAAGGACACUGUAUUACGACAAGACAGGGAGCGACGGGCGACGAGUGAGAGUAUACGUCGGACGGCUUACGUCCCAGGAAAACGACGAGCUCCACUACCCCCUUCUGUCGUAGUUUCCGCUACCUUACCUAGAAACUAUAAACGAAAAAGACCCGCACCAAAACCACCAGUCAAUUUAACUGAAGAAAAUAAAGAAAACAUAUCUAUCAAUAAAAUCGUACAAAUGAACACUUCAGCUGAAAUUGUUAACAAUACGUCUAUUAGCACUGAAUUGACUUUAGCAAAUAAAAUUGAAGAACAGCCAAAACACGAAACAAAAGAAAUCAAAUUGCGAUCAGAUAAAAGCUUUCUAAAGCAGAUUUUCGAUAGUAAGAAAAGGAAUUCGGCUAUAGACACAAGCCGAAUAAAAUUACUACCUAGCAUCAGUGAGUUAGAUAAACAAGCAGCUGAAAUAAUAGAGGCGAACAAGAUGUUACGAGCUUCCGGACGCAAUAGUUUUACUGAUAAUAGCUCUAGACCAGAUUCCACUGAGGAAACUUGGAUCUGCACGACUUGCUUAAGGAAAUAUAAACCUGUUGUUACAUGUUGUAUUUAUUGCAUUAUUAAAGAAAACUCUAACAAAAAUAGUAAAAACGUCCACAUAAAUGCCUCGAAUAUAUGUACACAAACAGACCAAAAAGAUUUAAAAUCAAAUCGAAGUAAAGGAAUAGAUGACAAGAAAAAACUGAGGGAAAUGCUAAAGGAAAUGAAAGAUUCUUUACCAAAACGACCAAAGCACAACGCCAAAUACCCUAAAGAUAAUGACGAUACUGUUAAAUCAACAGAAACUCCAACACUUCGGAUAGGUUCUACCAUCGAUGAAAAUAUAAAAGGCAAUUUUAAUAAUAUUAACUCUAAUGAAAAAGAAUGCAGACCAUCAGAGUCAAAAAAUACUGCCAAACAAACAUUUUUCAGUUCACAACCUUCGUCGUCAAAAGAUUUUUCUAUACCGUUUAUUGGCAACAAUAUAUCAGAAAUAAAUAGAAAGUCAGCUUGCAAAACUUCUUCACCAAAUAUUAGUAAUGCUAAUAUAAACGUCUCCACACCGGACAUUCUAGUAAAAUCUGUAAAAAAAUCUCCGGAUAGUAAUAGUAAUUUAGUAAACAACACGCAUGAAACUUAUUCGCCAAAUAUUAAUAAACAAACUGCUAAUUCAUUAAAUGAUGAUAGACAAGGUGCCAAUGGAAUGCAUAGAGCUCCUGACUUAAGAACCAUAAACCACAACUUAUCUUUAGUACAUACACAAGAUAACAAGGCAAAAAAAGCUUCUAAUAUUCAAACUAAUGCAAUAUCAGUAAAUCAAACAUUUAUUGAAGUACAAAAAAAAACACAGAAUAAAAAUAUUCCGCCAUUGGUGGUAAAUACUGAUCUCAAAAAACAAGGACAUCGAACUGAAAAUCAUGAAAAUAUAGAACAAAGUAAUACAAAAACACCCAUAAGCAAUAAUAAACAGUUAGCUGAAUUGAAAAAAUGUGAUAGUCCUGGAUCCGAUACUAAAGAUGAAACGAAAAAGGCCCAAUUAGGUAAUGCACUUUCUUCUAAAAUAGAAAUUAAAAGUGCGGGUCAAGGUGAUAUUAACUCAAGUAACAAUAAUUUGAAUACGCCUUUAAAAGUAUCAUCCUUAUUAAACCCGCUUUAUUGCCCUAAAUAUAAAACACCAAACGAUAGAGUUGCUGACUGCAGUUUUGGCAAUAUUGUGUCAACAAAAGAGGAAAAUAUUAAAAAGCACGAAAUAUCACAAACUCAGCCAACAAUUUUGCCCGAGAAAGUCGUGGCACCCACAUUUGUAAAUGUUCAAACACCGAGUACAUCAAUUACAAAAGUAGUGAAUGAUGUUCUCCAAAAAUCAGAAUCACAACAUACCGAAGCAUCGAAAAAUAACAAAUGUGAAAAUCCUCCAGCUAUUGUUGAAGAUAAUCAAAAAGAACAAAUCGCAAAAAACGUUUUAACCGACGUCAAAACAGAUGCUUCGUCUUAUGUAAAAGUUCUUGACCAUCACAACAGACGCAGGAAUUUGAUCAACCAGCUUGAACAUGCAAUUGCAGAAGGAAACGAACAAUUAGCAGCUGAAGCUGCUGCGAACCUAGCUAAACUUAAAAUAGCUUGCUCUGUGCUAUCGUUUUCAUCGCAAAUUAUUGCUGAGCCAUUAUCAAAUAAAACCGCAGGAAUACAUAAUAUCAAAAGGGAAGAAAAUCAUUAUAAACUUCAGGUAAAACUAAAUUCUCCGUCAAAAAUAGAAAAUUUUAGGGAUAUGCCAGGUACAAAACAAUCAGAACAACAAGAUAAACAAAAACCUGUGAGCGCAAACGGUGCAGAAGUAAACAUCUUGCCGGAGGCAAGCGCAUCAACAUCCAGCCAAAUCUCAGAUAACCAAAUUCCAAUUGAGCUAUGGGUUGAAGACAGAGAAGCAGCAAGGGGUCCGAUACCGUUACGGAUUUCAAGGAAAGCCAGAAUGGUAGAACUAAAACGACAUGUAGAAACGUCGUUAGGGUUGGAUAUUCGUUUGCAGCGUUGGAUUGUGGGCAGAAAUCUAUGCACUGACGACAACACGCCGCUCACUGCACUAGCCGGACCCGACCUCAACGCACCAUUCUAUUUGUGUCUUGUCGAAUCAGAAACAAAUAAGGACAACCCACAGCAGAUCAAAGACGACAAACGCACCCAAAUAAAAGCACCAAACGAAAUAAAUGACCCGGCAUUAGGUGACGUUUACACGGAAUUAAUGAAACUAGAGCAGCAAGCUCUCGUGCCAAAUACUGAGCCAUUUGAAUGUGGCGUUUGCAUCGAGCAGUGUGAUGUCGGGGCCGGGGUUGUACUGCGGGAAUGCAUUCAUACGUUUUGUAGGGAAUGUCUAGUUGAUGUGAUCCGCCAUUGCGAGGAGCCGGUUGUGCCGUGUCCGGCGAUCCAGUGUCCCGGAGCGUUGCAAGAGCGGGAGAUCCGCGCGAUAUUGUCUGCGGAAGAGUAUGAGCGGUGGCUGGCGCGAGGGUUGGCUGCGGCGGAGAGCGGCACUCGGAACACGUUCCACUGCCGCACUCGAGACUGUAAGGGCUGGGCGUUCUGUGAGCCGGGGGUCCGGAGGUUCCCCUGCCCGGUCUGUCGGCACACUAAUUGUGUCCCUUGCCAGGCUGUCCACGAAGGUGAAACCUGUGAACAUUACCAAAUGAAACUGCGCGAAGCUGUGACCGCAGCUGAAUCAAAUCAAACUGACCAGGGGACUCGAGCUCUGCUGGCGUCGCUCAUUGCUCGAGGAGAAGCACUGGAGUGUCCCGAAUGCAGUGCUAUCAUAACCAAGAAAUGGGGCUGCGACUGGGUUAAAUGCUCCGCUUGCAAGACGGAGAUAUGCUGGGUGACGAAGGGCCGCCGAUGGGGUCCGGGGGGCAAGGGAGACACCAGCGGCGGCUGCAGGUGCGGGGUCGAGGGGCAACGGUGCCAUCCCUCGUGUGGAUACUGCCAUUAGAAUGGUUAUUAGCUAAAGUUUUGUUUGUUUUUAGUUUUCUCCUAGUAUACAAUAGAUAUUACGUUCAGUGGUGUACACACCAUAGAUGCUAAAUGCCCUGUCAACUCAUUACGAACCAAUAAACAAUCGUAGGUCAGUUUGAAGUUUAUUUUAUUGCGGCCCAUAGUUACAAAAUGCUUUCGCGAAACCAAUUUUUAGUAUCAAUCAUACUUCAAUAUUUAUCGAUAGUGUAGUGACGUCUCCAUCGAUCAUUAGGUUAUUUUACAACAAUUAAAUUAAGCUACAAAACGUAGUCAUCCUAUCAAAUAAUAGGGUGAAAAAUGUUAAUUUCCGACUAUUUUCAUCUAAAAUAUCAAUAUUUAUAGCAAAUUGCUCGAAAAUAAAUUAUAAUAUAUUUCACGUCCAUUGCUACUGGUUUUCGCGAAACGAAAAAUAUCAAUGACAUAUUUCACGGUCCGUUUGGACGAUAUGCAUGGAAUAUCGCAUGUCAAAUUUUCGAAAUUGAGCUACUGUAUUGCGAUAGGAAUUUUCCAUUUUGUACCUACCCUAGUUAAAAACCCUGUGCACGCCACUGUAUACGUUAUAGUGCUAUUUAGUUAAUUUAGUUAACUAUUUAGUUAAUAGCUCCUCACAAAAUCUCGAAAACCGCUUGACAUACAAGAAUGAGAAGAGACCGCCCAGCACGUUACCGAAAAAAAAAUUACCACCGAAUUAUCAAAAUUCAUCAUAUCAUUUUGAAUUCAAAAUCACUGUCAUUUUUGGAAAUGUGUGUGUUUUUACAGAAAUCGUGCAUUUUAUAUGUAGGUAAUCCAUAUUAAACCAGCCAGUAGGCUUGAUAUUAUUAUCUAUUUGCAAAAAUUAGUUAUUUGGACAUUGUAACGAUUUAUUCAUCAAAUUUGGCUCUGCCAAAUAUCUGAAAAAUAGUUGGUCUCCUUUGGCAGGGAGCUGGUUUAUAUUUAGUAAAUAAUACAAUCCACAACACACCACACACAUGAUUAAUAUUUUGUUCCUGGUCCCAAGGAAUUCUCUCAUAAUUACAUAAUCAAAAUGUGAAUUGAAUGAUGAAUCAAAAAAUAAUGUUUUCUGAAAAUAGUCAAUUAUUAACAUUAUAUAAAUAAAUAUAAUUAACCUAAUAUUAGUGUGUUAAUACACUUAAACCAAUAUUACUUGAAAUGCUACCAUUGUAAUCAAUUAUAAUUGAAAACUAUAUUGUAUCAAGAUUAAAAUGAAUGAAUUUUUUAAAA